UGACGAUAUAGCGAGUAGACGCGUAAAGAGGAUUUGCGUGUUAACGCGUUGACUGGCCAUGGUGGUGGUGGGUGGGUGAUCCAGGCUAAAUCUUAGAACGAUCGAAAUAAAGCGAAUCUCUUGGAGCAAGAAAUUGUCGACGAGGUGAACGAGUCGGACAACAGGGUCGAAGAAAAGGCGGUCAAACAGGAUACUUUGUUGAAAAAUUAAAGGUUACGGCGCGAUGUAUCUCGUUGCGGCUGUCGCGGGCAAAUAAAAUAUAUAAAAUUCAAUGGUGGCAGUCAACGCGUUAAGCGACGAAGAAAUCUUUUUAAUCUGGAAAUGGAAGAAUCGCGGAAUCCUCGGAUCUUGGAAAUUUGUAUCGGCGAAUUUUUCGCUUUCCGCGAUAACGCGAUCUUGGAAUUUCAAGAUCUGUCGCUUUCGAGAUCGAACGGUAACUCGAUUAGAGUUACUCGCGAUUAUUUUCGCGACAACCUGAAGAAGCGAACCUCGAACGAACGAGAGAAUCGUCGGUGUUUUCCAAACUGCUUCGGACACCGCGACCGAAGAACGGAUUUAGAGAUUUAAAGGAGGACGAAAACGGGCAGAGAUUUAAAAGUUGAGCGACGGCGCAGCAUCGUGAUAUUCGGACCGAGACCGAGACCGAGACCGAGACCGAGACCGAGACCCAGACGGAAAUACGUGUUUCAGCGGAAUAGACGUUGCCAACGUUCGAGGGCGGAGAGCCUCGGUUCACCGAGGACGUGUUUCUCUUUGAAAGAAAUUAGCAGCGAUACGUUUCAGGGCUCUUGGCCUCCUCUCGAGUGCACUAGAGCGCGGAGUGCGGAACACGAGGUAUUCGGUUCUCGGCGUCCUACCGCUGUCCUUAUUAACGAUACACUGGCGCCAACUACGCCUUUGUCACGGUCGAACGUUCCAAAUUACGCGUUCCAAGUACUAGCAACGAAAGUUAAAGACCGCGAUAUUUUAUCUCGCGAACAAAUUUUCGCACGGAGCAUCGUGACGUUACGCGAGUCGAUCGACGCGUAGCAAACGUUGAUUUUAAUAUCUUUCGAUAUUCUUCGGGAGUUUGUAUAUUUUCCUUUUUGCUGGUCGGUUGGUUUGCAUUCUUAUUCUUUGUUAGUUAUAUAUAGUUACGUAUAGUUACGUAUGGAAAAUUGUACGAAUUACGUAGUAAGUAGGUAGUCUAUGGAGCUUUAAAGCGUAGGAAAUGGAAUGAAACGGGAGGCGGCGUUGAAAUCAGCGCGAAUCGAACGAUCGGAUAACGCGCGAUCGUUGAAAAAUUAAAUAAAAUAUCGCGUUUAAAUUUUCGUUUGAAAAGGCGAAGCGUUUAAAUAGAGGAUACGAACGAAGCGCAGCAAUGAAUUGGAUGUUAACGGCGUCGUGUUAAAGGGCAAUCGAGCUUGAUUCGAUCUUACAAAAAUGUUAUUUCCUCGUACAAAUGAAAUCAAUGGCUGUUGAUAUAUUUACGUUAGAGUAAGUUGAGCUACGCGUGUACGGUCUAGCAAAAUUGCUAGGAAAUAAUACACGAUAAGAGAUGUUUUGCCCUCGCAAUUGCCUUUGAUCGUUGACUUUAAUAUCGACUAGAAAUAGGAAAUUUCGAUUCCAUUCGAUCGUUUGAUCGCGCGAUAGCGUAGACGUUUCGUUGAAAUUUUGUAUCGUUUGUCGCAAAGGAGAAAUACACAACGAAUGUUAACGUAUGGAAAUAACGAGUGAUACGGUGUUAUCGGGCGUGGUAAGGAUGAACUCGCGGCCGUGGGUAAGACGGAGAUGACCACUAGAUGCGUGCCUCGUCCUGAAGACGAAGACGAGGAGGACGAGGAAGAAGAGGAAGAAGAAGAAGAGGAAGAAGAAGAAGAAGAAGAAGGAGAAGAAGAAGAAAAAGAAGAAGAGGAAGAAGAAGAGGAAGAAGAAGAGGAAGAAGAAGAAGUAGAAGAAAAAGAAGAAGAAGAAGAAGAAGAAGAAGAAGAGGAGGAGGAAGAGGAGGAGAAAGUGGACAAGGAGGACUCGUUCGAGUCUGCGAUAUCACUGCCACUGAUAUCCUCUCUCUCUCUCUCUCGUCGCAUCGAUGCCGACCCCUGCGUCCAUCGAUAGAGGUCAAUUUGCAAAAGCUUUGUACGCCGCGAUAAAAGAAGAUAUGGGGAGUGUCGUAGGCAGCAACGUGAACGCGAGCAACGCGACGACGAGGAGGAUGGACUCGACGACGUUCCUGCCGGAAGCGACGUCGACCCUCAGCGAGCGGGAGCAACUGAAAAUCGAAUUUUACAAAACUUACGAUGUCAUGACGGGGGUCAGAAUCGCAGCGACUCUCGGUGGUUUUUUCGGUCUUAUGAUCCUUCUGCUUGUUUAUAAAAGCAGGUGUAAAUCGAGCAAGCAGUUGGAGGAUCCAAGACUGACCGCAGCCGCAGCCGCAGCGGUAGCCGAAGCAGAAGCCGAAGAAAGAGCCCUCGCAGCCGCUCUCGAGGCCAUUUCCAGAUUACCACCUAGACCGGAUCACGGCCCUAGAAGAUCUCUUUGCGUCGAGGUGUCGCGAUCUCAUUUGCCAAAAAUCGGGCCUCGUUUUGCGUCGGUUGGAGGUGGCUACGAGGCUCUGUUGACACCACCGACGAAGCAGCCGAAUUUGCCGCUUCCCGAGGAACAAAGAAGAUGCAGUUCGGUGACGUGUAGCAGCACCGGCAGUAGUUACCUCGAGAGAAGGGGGUCUGCGAUGCCGGUACCAUGUUUGCCGCUUCACCCUACGCUUUCCGCGAAAUACGCUGCCCACGACGAACCCUGGGAUCUCUAUUAUCCCAUCGAUAUUCAGGUAAUUCAACCGACCCCGGAGCUUUCGCCGUGCACGAGCGAAGCAGGUCUUUACGCGAACGAGGCGAUGAUCACGGCGACUAGCGGCAAAAGAGCACCGUUGGCUUCCAUGGGCAGUGUCGAUCCUCCGGAACCAGACUCAAGCUUGAAUAAUUCGAGGUCGCUUGGUUCCGACUCGGUCUUCCUAAGAAACGACGAGCAAGAAGAGUGUCUCGACACGGAGGAUGAUGUAUCCGGGUUCUCGACCGACUCCGAAGCACCCGGGCCAAGUUGUCGACGGUUUCUUCGGGUACCCUCGAAAAAGAAGAAAACGGUCGAGAAAUGGGAUGGUUGCUCUGGAUGUGUCCCUAGACGGCGGCCCGAAGGCAAACCUUGUCAAGCUUGUCGUAGUAUUAGCGCGGCUGUUGAAACUUCUAGGUCUCAGGCCGUCUCUACGAGCACCAGCAGCCAAAGUAGCGCCGGUUCUCCACCGUGUUCUCCAGCCAUCGAGCUCAGGCAUAGACCACCGCCGGCGCCGUUACCAACCAGUCCACCGGCCUGGUCGCAAGAAACGCUCUUUUAGUUCUCUAAAGAUUCGCCGGAACGUUCUCGCAAACGGUCAGUAAUCGCACAAAGGUGUCCCUUCGGUGGGAGAUACAGGAUGAAGAAAACGGAGAGCGGACACGGUGACUUCCGAUCGAGUGACUUUGUUCAAGUUGGAAUUCUUCGUUGGAAUCGGUUGAAUGGAACUAGAAAAGAGUUAUUUAAACCGUUAUACGACGAAAAUGUCUACGAAGAAUAUAAGACUCGAAGGGAAUGGACGUACAGAAGUAGGAAAAGGAAGAACACGAACGGACGAUGUUUGGAAAGAAAAAAAAAAAAAAAAAAAGAAAAAAAAAUGGAAAAUUUGGGAAAACAUUAGGCUGUAAGAAGCACGAAGAAAAGUACGAGAAUUGUAGACGUUACAGGCAAAGAGGGGAAUACGGACGAGUCCGAGAAAAUGUAAUUAGGUGUAGAAAAUAAUAGGAAAAAAUAUAAAUAUCUAAACAUUAUCGAAGCGAAUAGGUAGAAGGAAGGGGAUGCGCGACAAAUUAUAUCUAGUUUUCGUUUAAGGCAAAAACGAGCAAAGAUGCGGGUUUUAUGGAAAAAAGAGAAAAUGCGAAGAACAGAGUCAACGAUCGAUAUAUCGAUCAAGUUAUGAAAUAAAAAAUAAAGGAGAAUACCAACAGGCACUUGUAUAGUAACGUUUAAUUAAGCUUAACGUACGAAUAAAGAAACAGAAGCAAAUACUAACAGACUAAUUAAUCGUUAAACGAACUGUUGUAAAAAGAGGAGAAUGCGUAGCGUACUAUAGAUAUAUAUUGUAAAUAAGAAGGAGAAAAAAGAAAACGAAGGAAAGAACUCGAAUUCGUUCUUUUCGUAUCGAAGAAAAGGGGAAAAAAAGAGAAAAGAAAAAGAAGCAGAGCGAAGAAUCACGUUUGUAUCGCGUUAGAGAGAAAAAAUCAAAACUUUUAAAAAGACGUUGUUGAUUUAGUUGUGCGUGGAAAAAAACGUGAAAAGUACUUCUCGUCGAUCAUUUUUUGUUUUAUUUUUUAAUACUUGUCUAUAUUAUAUAUAUAUAUAUACACACAUGUUGUAUUAUAUUAUACAUACAUACAUAUAUAUAUAUAUAUGUACGUGCGAUAUAAGCAAUUAAAAAUAAAAGUAUAAGAGUUAAAUUAAUCGAAAGGUUGAAGGGGAAAUGACGAUCGAUAUAUCUUUUCCUUUAAAUCGAAUAAUUACGUUACUCUCGUUAUGAUAUUGCGUUCUAAAAUGGGGAAAUAAAAUUGUUACGAAGCAAAUAAUCAUCUAACUCGAAUUGAUUUAUACGGUUUUGUUAUUUUGUGCCAAUCAAAAACGAAAAAUCGUGCCGCCAAACGAGCCCCGUUCGUUUCGAUCGAAACGAAAAGUGCCCGGGCACUUUCGAAACUUCUUUUAACGCCCUCUUUUCUCAUACUUAAUCGUGCUUGAUCGAUUAAUUAACGACGCUUUGACGACUGCCAAUUCAGAAGCAGAAAUCCUUCGUGUAUGUAUGCGCGUCUGUGACUUGUGACGAGUAUGAGCGCGUAUGAAUGCAUGAAAUGCACGGAAUGCAUGGAAUGCAUGCAAUCAUGUAUAGAAAACUAGAAAAAUCAGAGCCAAGUAUUAACGAUGUUGUAAAUUUUUCCAUCGAUCGGGAGGCGUUUAUAAUCUUUUAUCUUUGCCUUUAGAUGCAAAAAUACGACAUUCUAUGUUUUACUUUCUUCUUCGUCUUUCUUUUUUUUUUUUCUUUUUCUUUUUCCUUUUCAAGAAUUGUUGUUUCAUCGUUGUUGGUCGAAUUGCUCGAUCUUGUCGUCUCAAGAUACGAUCCGUUCGUAUUAUUCGACCGUUUGUUUAUUUAUUAAUUGUUCGUUGGCGUUACCUUAUUGUUUUAUACUAUAUUAUGUAUCGGCAGUUUGAUAUUAACGAUCGAUGUUGUUCUUAUUCGUAAGUUUUAUCGAGGACUUUAGACGAUAAAGCAAUGAUAUAAACGCGAAACCGACUACAUGUUUAGUAAUUACGUUACAACGCGAAACUUGUGUUGGUGCCUUUCCGCCGGGUCUUCUUCCAUUGUCGUUUAGAUAGUACCGUCGCGCAAAGGAUAAUCUCGAUGAAUCAAAAGGGGUAACGUAAUUAAUAAUUAACGAUUUGAUUCGAUAAAUAGUUAUAGUGAUGACAAUCGUAAUCGUAAUUGUGAUUAUCCUUGUCAGUCUGAUUAUAACGAGGAAAGAAUGCUCUAAUUAAGGUGAGAAGAAGAAAAAAUGAAUUAACCUCUACCCAAGAAGAGAAGAAAGAAGAAGAAGAGAAAGGAAAAGGGGAAAAAAGGCAGAAAACACUUAUAACGAUAGCGCUUCACGAUUACGUGACGAAAGAAUAAAGAAGAAUAAAUAAGAAAUAAAAGCAAUAGAGAAAUUGUAAACUAGAAGAGAAAAGAGAGAGGAGGGGAAGGUGUCGAAUGCUAACGAGAAUAAGAAGAAGAAACGAUAACGCGAGGAAAGAGGAAAGAGGAAAGAGGAAAGAGGAAAGAGGGUGAUUAUGAUUAUGAUGAAAAUCAUGAUCAAGGAGAGGGGGGAAAAAAAAAGUUCUAUCGUCUUUCGUAACGUUUCAAAGAAAGAUCCUUCCUGAUGUGUACGAACAAUAAAACUUUCACCGUUUCCUACUAUCACUUUCUUUCGUCAUGCCUUCCCGUUAAAUUUACUAAUUUUUCUUUCCCAUUGUCGAAAUGAUCGGGCAGUCCCCGCGAAAUAUAUCGACGUAUUAAAAUAUCAACUUACGUCUCGAUCGAUAUCGAUCGAGAUAUUUCGUCGAAUUUAUUUCUCUUUUUGUGAAUUUUCUUCGUUACUCGCUGAUGUGUCUACGACGUGGCGAAGAAAGAAAGAAUACCGUAAGAAAAGUACGAGAAUCGUACAAUUACGUCGAAAACCAUGCCUUUGUGAUUUUCACUCGAUGUAAAUCUUCUUCGUUGAAUAUUUCGAUUUUUCAGCAUGGUUAUUCGGAUAGCGAGCGAGUAACGAUAAUAACGAUGAAAGUAAUUCUUUCUACAUGCGAAUCCCUACAAACUUACAAGGAACAUUUUACAAUGAGAAUGUACUCGACUUACGCUGUUUGUAACAAUAAUCUCUCCGAUCCUUACUCGACAACCUUUUUGCAAUGGAUGAAUAAUAGUAGAAUACUCAUUUUCUUUACCGUGUCUCUAUUUUUUCAGAUACGAAAUAAAAUAUACAUGUUGAACAUAA